GCGAGUGUUUGCCCCCGGCCACCGCUUCCUUCGCGCUCCCUCGCUCUUUGUGGGUUAUCGGUACGCAAGGCUGCGUCCAUCGCUGAUCUGAGAGCUUGCUUCACUUUCCACGUGACUCGGGAUCGGGAUAUUUCUGUCUGGAUCUGAGAUUGUCGCCAGUGAGCUUUGGUGAGGGGUUAAGGUUUCUGGAGGUUGGAACGCUGUUGUUGAUUAGCUUGGAGUAGUGUGUGAAUAGGCUCUGUGGCUUUGCGAGAUCAAGGGGCAGGGAGCUGAGGACAUGGUGGAAUGCGACGCGGGUUUCUGAACUUUGGGAUUGGUGAGUGCCUGUCAGUGCUAUGGCGAGGAUCAGCCGGCCUCGAUGUCAAGCAAAACGUGUCUGCGUCGUUCUUGUAGUGUUAGUGACGGUCUUCUUCCCACUUCUGUCAUUCCUGUCCACCUUUACUUCAGAAGGGAGUCGCCCCUUAACAGAUCGGCACCUCCAGGCAAAGAAGUUUCAACGUAGUGAUCCAGUUCAAUUUCCUGUCAAAGCGUGUGAUUGUAAAAGUGAGAGAAAUGCUAGGCAAGCAGAAGCAGAGAGAGUGAUCCAAUCGCUGGAAACAGAGGAGAGGUCGAAAGCUUUCGAGAAAAUUUUCACCACCGACUUUUGGGGUGGAGGCGAGUCUCGCUCAGGUCCUGGUAGCAGGAUUGAUUACACGGGGAAUGUUAGGUUGCUGGUUGCGCACGCUCUAAAGGAUUAUCGUGUUCAGCACGUACUUGACGCACCUUGUGGAGACGUCAACUGGCAACCUUUAAUCGAGGGUUUUAAUUCCACAAGGUAUACUGGGUACGACAUUGUCCCCCAAAUCAUUCAAAAGAACACGGAGAGGUUCAAAGACUUCCCUAAUGUAGACUUCGCUAGGGUGGAUUUUGUGAACACGCCCAUUACGGUAAACCCGGACCUCAUCAUCUGCCGUGACGGGAUCCAGCAUAACAGCCUCAAGGAUGGAGUGCGCGGUUUUGUCAACCUCGAAGCGUCAGGUGCAAAAUACUUGGUGACGAACUGGCACACUGAGACGGGGCGAGGAUUUGUACAGGACGACAAUGCCAUCAAUAGGGACAUCAAAUUUGGCGACGCUUAUCCUAUCAACGUGUUCACUAAUCCUUUCAACUUUUCGAUGCCCGAAUAUUUUAUUUCCGAAGGAGUGAAUGGGAUAAAUCAAGAUGGGAAGUUGGUUGGGAUUUGGAAGCUGCCUGCUUUGUGGAAGGGCGACGGGAAACGUUUCAAUGUCCCUCCUUCUCUGUCGAGUAGGGUGCGGGGAGAAAUCAUUUCCAAGUCUGACGUCAAAACGGCACUGGCGUAAUGAAAAUGAGUGGAUCAUGUUUGUUUCUUCUACUCUGUGUAAAUGCACAGUGAUUUACCAUGCAACAUGGGCGGAUACAGUUUCAUUAAUCCAUUAUCGUGUAAAUUUAAAAUUUUCACAGUAUUAACUGCAAGUUUGGCAAGUAGUUGGUAUUGCAAUUCUAACAGCUCGAUAUUCAUCAUCAAUUUGAAAAGUUACAAUGAGGUUGCCAACCGCAUAUUCCCUGGUU